CCGGAACAACUGGAGUUCUAUAAAUAACAGCCACUUGUACUUGUGGCUCGGAGCUGGACGAGCUAGCUUCAAGCGGAUGUUAGCCUGCUAGCUGCCUGCUAUCAUGCUAUUUCUAUGAGAUGCCAAGUUUCAGUGGAUGUACAAAAUUCCUGCUUCAUUUAACUGCGGAUUUGCUUAUUCCAGUAUCCUGUAGAAUAUGACGGAUGCUAACUGUCGGCGGGAUUAUAUGUAUGUAUAUGUUAUACAUAGGCAGGCGAUGAAUGGAAGUAUUUCCAAUGGUUGCAUUUACGUUAACUUUCCCUCAGAAUGCAAUUCACGCGUUGUCUAUCAACGGGCGUGUUGUUGCUCAUAACACAAUACCAUCAACUUUUUCGGAUACCUUGCAACGUACUGCAUGUAGUUCAUUUGGCACGUCGUUUAUUAUAACUCGUUACAAGGUAUCCGGUUAGUUAGUUGCGUAUAAACACGUCAGUAUGGUUUCACGCUUGAAGCCAGGGUGACUCCCAUCAUCAAUGACACUGACAGCGCUAAAGGGCUUAGUGUGAAAUACUACAUACUACCAAUAAUUAGCUGCAAGAUGAUUUUUCACGGUGUUGUUGAAUCUAUGGACACAUUCCUAUCCACUUUCUCGCUGUGUGAGUUCACUUUAGGUGUAGGCUGUCUGGUCGACAGGGUGUGGCCAUUGUGUUCUGGUGCAUGGUUGCUUGGGGAAAGUGAGCUUUCAGCUGGGAGAUCUUAGAGCUGUUGUACCCGCAUGGAGUAUGCAUGCUGACAUGACAUUUAUGACGAAACCGACUGCCUGCCGCACCUAUCCGAUGCAGUGUUGUAUUGCAGAUAAACAGGCUCUGCAGAUAGGAUUUUUUUUUUUUUUUUUUUUGGCCAAGAGAGAAAGCAACCUGCUCAUUGAAAUGUUCCGUACAGUGUUACUUACCCAAGCGCAAUCAUACAUAAACAAAUGUUUGAAAACAAUCAGUUCCAAAAGGUUAAAUGCAAAUGCAUCGUACUUAAAAGUUAAAUACCAAAUGUACUGUACUUGAUAAAAAAAAAAGAAAAACGUUUAAGACACUGUAACAAUACACAGUAAACAUUUAAUUUAGUGAUUGUCUUGCAUGCCACUUGAUAUCACCCGUAUGGAAAAAUAAUCCCUGCGAAGCUGUGAGGCAGAGAUUUUGGUUGGACUUUUUUAUCGAGUUAUUAGACGAAUCGUUUCAGCCCUAUUCGCUCGUAACUCAGAUUUAGCCUUAAAACACUAAGCAAAAAUCACUUGGCAAUGGAUCGUCAUUUGAAAAAAAAACGCAUAAAUUGGGGCAGUUUUACUACUGUACUGUACCUGUAUUGUUACUGAGUCAAAAUGUAACCGUCUUUAAUCCUUCUUUAAAGGACCCCUUCAUCACCUUUUUUUCAAAAUUUCAUUUAGAUCAUCUUUGAUGUCCUUGUAUUGGGUUUGCAUGAUCAUUUUGUUUGGAAAUGCCCAAAAUGUGCCUUUUCAAGCUAUUCUAGUUGGUCUUUUCUGCCUUGCAUUUGAGACGAUCGGAUUUCUUGUUAUUAUGUGAGAUGUAAAUGAGAGUUGAUCUAAUUGGAUUGCUCAUCUUCGCUAAUUUCCAUCCAGCCAUCCAUUUUCUGAGCCGCUUAUCCUCACAAGGGUUGCAGGAGUGCUGAAGCCCAUCCCAGCUAUCUUCGGGCAGGAGGCGGGGUACACCCUGAACUGGUUGCCAGCCAAUCGCAGGGGAUAUACAAACAAACAACGAUCCGCACUCACAUUCACACCUACGGGCAAUUUAGAGUCUUCAGUUAUCCUACCAUGUAUGUUUUGGUGAUGAUCCCUCGCAAGAGUUUGGUCGCGUGGUUAUUUAUACACACUGAACGGAAUUCUGCUAAAGAACAGCUCAUUACCAUUAAGCUUAAACUGCAGCGUCUUUUACACCGAUUUCUCACAGAAUUGGCCGAUCAGAGCCAUGAAAGAAGCUCUGGCAUUUAGAGGCACAUCUCUCCCCAAAAUGGUGGUCAGUUUCCAAAUUGUACCACCUUUAGGGCAGAGCAUUCAAAUGUUGAGGUUCUACUGUCAUUACUGGUGGUUAGUAUAGUUUAUUUUAAAGCGGUCUCUCAAGUUGAACUUGUGUUAUACUCCUAUGCAUUUCUGUUUUCAGUCUUGGCCAAGCUGAAAGACUGGGAGCUCCCUGAAAGCACUCUCUUAUUGUACACAGUACAGUAAUAAUGUAGUAUGUGUCUGCAGUGCGCAUCUUGAACGGGGGAGUAUGCAAUCAUGAGUAUUAUUUUGAGGAACACCCCAUUUCCUGCCUUGUCAUUGCCAAACCUUUAGGAGAACAGGGUUAUUUAUUUUUCAUUUGAAUGUGUCUUAUUUCUGAGCAUGUGCAAAACAAAACAUCUGUUUUGGGAAAGACACAUUUCAGAUAACAUGUCUUUUCACCUCUGUAUUUGGCAAAUAUACAUAUAUCUAUUUGCAUACAAUCUGCCAUCAUCAGUGCAGCAUAGUGGAGGCAGGAGCAUAUUGGAGACAUUGUGGGAAUGAAAUAGAGCACUGUGUGUGGGAUGAGGAAGCUGGAUAGUUCUAACUAUAGUCUUAUGUUGGGGCGGUCUGCUAUAUUAAUGGAAUUAGACUGACAGCACUUCCUUGUUCAUUUCUGCGAUGUUUCUUUUUUGGUAAUACUUGUGGCUCUGCCGUCUUCUCUCCUAAUAAUGUGCAUGUUUAAGUGUCCGUUAUUUAACUGCGAGGUCAGCAUCAGGAAGGUCAAGGUGACCAAGAUGAAUUGUGUAGACUGGUUUGCAACAUUAUUGGAUUACAGUGUUUGUGUUGACGGAUUAGUAGAGAUGAGAAGGAGAAUGGAAUUAAUCAGACUGAACUAAUGGAUCCUCUUUGUGCAGUGUCUUCACCCUUCACCUUUUAUAAGUGUCUGCACGCACCAUUAGUUUUUGAUUUUACAGAGCCUUAGCGGCUGCUGUUUGAAAUGUGUUGGCUUUCAGAAGAGGAUAAUAUUGUAAACAGUGUUAUUUCAGGCUCAUCAGUGCUUCUCAAUUGUUUUCUCUUACGACCCCCCCCAGGAAGAAGAAAAACCCCUCCACCCGCAGCCCCCGCGAGUACACUUCAAUGUAACAUUGUAUAUAAACGAUAAUCUAAUCUAAUCCUUAUAAACAUUGAAGAAAGUACAAAAGAGAGAGCUAUAGACUGCCAUCUACUGCAGUGGAUGUGAAAUUACACUUUAUUCUAGUACGGUAAAUCAUGUUCUUCAGGGUCUCACACGCCCCCAUCAAUUCGUGUGAUUAAAGACCUAAAUAUUCAGUCUCGGCAGCACAAACAUGUGAAAACCGUUCUUAACUCAUUCUAUGCCACUGACGGCUGUUGAAUUCAAAUAUCUAUGUUAACAUGGAGGACUGGCGCCAUGUUUUGGCAACUGAAAUGUCACUUCCGCUAGCCUUUGCGGUGGACAGAGUAACUAAACCUCGGUGUCUCGAGCGUCGAGUAUGUUCGGUGAGUGCUCAAUAGGCGUAAUAAAAACCUAGUUUUUAGCUCAAGUAUAGUUGACAACUUGCUGGAAAUGACGUGAAUGUGUUACAUAACAUAUAAACAUUGCAAAUAUGAAUUUUAACUGCCCCCAUAACAUGUUUGUCCUCUGACCUUUAAAGUGGAAGUUUUUGUAAACAAAAACAUUCCAAAAAUCAGGAGGCUAGCAAGUGGUCAACUUGCACAGUUAAAAUACAGCAUUUUUAGUCACUUUUAUAGAUUUUUAUGAAUUGGCUUAAUUGUACAACGCUAUCACGAGUAGGGCUAAACAUCCAGCACUCAGAUUACUUUGAUUGCGAUGCUUAAUUCAAAAAUAAUUUUUGAAACAAGCCAGAACAGACUUUAUGAGGACUGCUAUACUGUACCACUUGAUGAAACCGUCUAAAGCAGUGAUUCCCAACCACCGUGCCACAGCGCAUUAGUGUGCCGGGAGAGAUCAUCAGAUGCGCUACGGGAAAUUAUUCAAUUUCAUUUAAUUGGUCCGAGAAUUAGAAUUUAUUACCUACAAAUACUGUAUUUUUGGUAAUCUUUUUAUGCCAGUGACAUAUAGUUACAGGCGGAACCAUUAAUUGCUCUUCCACUAGAUCAGUGAUUCUCAAAGUGUGGUACAGUACCACUACCACCAGUAGUACGUGGACUCCCUCGAGUGUGAAGUGAAAGAAUCACUGAAUUAAAUGUUCAUAAUGUUAGAGUGGCUUAAACGUUCUCUUUAAAAUCCUGUACAGUACAUUUGUUAAGUACAAUUCAGUUGUAUUUAACUUUUUACUGCACUUGCGCAAAUAUAGCAGAAUUAAGUCAUGGAACGCACAUACUGAGUAUGUACUUGGGAUGAUAAUGAGACCAUUUAUUUUUGUUUGGUGUGCCGUGGGAAUUUUGUAAUGUAAAAUAUGUGCUUUGGCUAAAAUAUGUGUUGGGAAAACACUGGUCUUAAGUAUGGCAUUCCUACAUAAGCAUUGGAUUGCAGCUUGACACAUUUGAGUUAAUAUUAUCUGAGUGGUAUUAUUGCUGUUGAUUAAAGCCAUCAGUGUUGACAUUUCAGUUCAACUUCAUCUGCUGGCGCUAAAUGCUCCUGCUUUGACUCUUAACAUUUCGCCUACAAUGUGUUUGCUGUGGUGGUUUAGUGGAGCAGGCUAAGGGAAGAGUUCGAGAAGUACAAAGGUUGAAUUGUGGAGUCAAGGAACUGAACAGCACACAAGUGGUGCACCGAGCUACGAGAGUGUUCAAGAGGAAACCCCUCAGAAGUGGAGAAAUCACUGACUCGGUCGGGCAGCUCCGGGAAAACUGCCAGAAAUGGUUAAAAUAAUCUUUUGCUAAACCUCACAGUUGUUAUUAUUUUCUACUGUCAAGAGUGUUUACAAUUCUGAAUUUAUUUAUGUUGAGGGGGCAGUCGUUUGUAAUGUAGAGGUAGCAACACUUACCUAAUGUUCACUUUCUACUUCAAUAAUAAAAUGUUAAAAAAAGCCCAAGAAAGCCAUUAAGAACAAUUCAUGGUUAAAAGUCCUUAUAGUUUUUGGGGGGGAUUAUUACUCGGACUAACUUUGAUGUGGACCACUGCAGGGGAAUCUGGAAAUGAUGAGGUCAUGUUGUGUUCCAUCUGUGGCGUGGGAAAGUGAACUGCAAACUGAGGUCUCAUCACGGACUUUCACAGGAGACAACACUCACUGUCUCACUCCCGAAUUCCUUCACUAAGCUUCACUAAUCAUUUUGACACAUCAUCUUUUAAUUCAGUCAGUCGUACUUCUGUUACAGCUGAAAUAGUCCUGUGAUGACACAUGUGGUUUUAAGAUUAUGCAUCAGGUUAAAUUAUAAGAGACUUGGUUUGUCUCGGAGUUGAAUGAAGUAGCCCAUUGAGUUUAGCGGAGAGGGUUAGCAGUCUUCACAGGAGUGGUCAGUCAGCUGGGAUAGGCUCCAGCAGUCCGCGGCCCUAGUGAGGAUAAGCGGUAAAGAAAACGGAUGGAUGUUUCUUUGUUCCAGCUGUGUGUUGCAUCAUUGCACAGCUUUAUGUGCAGCCCAGCUGUGAUCAACUAUUAUUUCACAAGGAUGAGAUCAACAUUGGCCUCUUUUACAGAAAGACUUCAUUAGAUUUUCUGGCAUUUUUAAGAGAACGGGUGAGGCAUCCACUUAGAUACCAGUAAAUACUAUUCGGAAAAAUACAGAAGUAAUAUUUUUCCCAUUACUACUUCCACUCAGGUCCAUAACUAUUGGGACGUUGACAUAAUUGUCAUCUUUUUGGCUCUAAAAAAACACCACAAUGAAUUUGAAAUGAAACAAACAAGAUAUACUUUAGAGACUUUAAGAUAUUCCUACACUGUUCACCUUGAACAGUGUAGGAAUGAUAACAGUUUAGAAUUGUGUCUACCACUUUUUAAGGGACCAAAAGUAAUGGGACAGCUGCUCAGCUGUUCCAUGAUGAGAUGAUCAUGGAUGGCUACCAAUGGAACUGGUUCCUUUUUUAUUUAUUGAUGAUGUGACUGCUGUCAAAAGCAUCAGGAUGAAUUCAGAAGUGCUGCGGGCAAUAUCUAUGCAUUUUCAGCCAAAUGCUUCAGAACCCAUUGGACGGUAUUAACAGUGCAGAUGGACAAUGACUCAAAGCAUACUGCGAAAGUGUUUUUAAGGCAAAGAAGUGGAAUUUCAUGGAAUGGUUUAGUUAAUCACCUGACCUGUAUCCUAUUGAACAUGCAUUUGACUUGAUGAAGACAAAAUCAAAGGGAAAAUGCCCCAACAAGUAGAACAGAGUCACUCUUCAUGAUGCCGAGGUCACUCACCAGGCUAGCACCCAACUACGCCACAUACAAAGUCACAAAUAUUCUAGUGUGGAACGUGAGGAUGGCGACCCCAAAUGGACCAUAGGUGUGAAUGAGAGUGUGAAUUUCUUGUCCAAAGGCAGCUGGGAUAGGCCUCUGCUCACCCGUGAUCGUAAUGAGGAUAAACGGGAUAGAAGACGGACAGACUGACGCCAUAACUGAAAUAAAGUUGUUACUGUUGCAUAAUUGCAGUUACAAUUGCCUUUUCUCUGCUGUGGAGCGACAAGGCCGAGACAUUAAAGUGGGGCUGCAGUCUGCUGUUCCGUGUGGUCUGGCAAGCAACAGCGAGCAUCAUGACGUUGUCAUUCAAAAAGGACAUGGACAAGUACAAGGAUCUGGAUGAAGAUGAGAUCCUUAACAGUCUGUCGGCGGAUGAGCUCAAACAGCUGGAGACAGCACUGGAGGAUAUGGACCCAGAGAAUGCUCUUCUUCCGGCGGGUUUGCGUCAGAAGAACCAAACGACAAAACAAGACACAGGAACCUUUGACAGAGAGCGGCUCCUCAAAUACCUGGAGAAGGAAGCCGUCGAGCAUAAGGACAGAGAGGACAUUGUACCGUUCACUGGAGAGAAGAAAGGCAAAGUAUUUAUUCCUAAACAGAAGCCAAUAGAAACACAACAGGAAAAUGUCACAAAGCUUGACCCGGAAUUGGAGGAAGCCCUGUGCAGUGCCACAGAUACAGAACUCUGUGAUCUUGCAGCAAUCCUGGGUGUUCACACGCUUGUAACCAGCAAUCAGAUGUACGAUGGAACUGGAGCGAAAGAGAGCUACAACAAUGUGGUUAAAGGGGAGAAGAUGAACCCUGUGUUUGACGAGCCACCCAAUCCCACAAAUGUAGAAGAAACGCUGAACAGGAUCAAGAGCAACGAUGCCUCCCUAACCGAGGUCAACCUGAACAACAUUAAGAACAUCCCCGUCCCCACUCUCAAAGACUUUGCCAAAGCCAUGGAGAAAAACACACACGUGAACAAGUUCAGCAUGGCAGCCACACGGAGUAACGACCCCAUUGCAGUGGCGUUCAGCGAAGCGCUGAGGGAGAACAAGACGCUGCGAAGUUUGAACUUGGAGUCCAACUUCAUCACCGGUGCUGGGAUGCAGUCGCUGAUUGACUCACUGCGAGACAAUGACACACUCACAGAGAUCAAAAUUGACAACCAGAGGCAACAGCUGGGUACCA